AGAAGCAAAAUCAGAAACAAAUUCUACACUACACUUUCAGAUACAUUUUUUUUUUUUUUUUUCAUUUUAUCUUUCUCUCAUCACAUAGUGGAUUAUAAUUGAUUAUUGUUAUACGCGAAAAUUGGCGGUUUAGUUCUCAUUAACACACUUUCCACAAAUUUCAAGUUAAAUUACGAGAGACAGUUUGUUGAAUUUUCACUCUUCCUUUUUUUCUCCACAUCUUCAAGAAUUUAUUCCUUUUUUACGCAACAAUUUUCAUUACAACAAAAGAAGAUAAAAAAAAGGCUUCAAUUUUAACAAUUUUCUUAAUCUGGGUUCUCUUUAAAAAUUUCCAUUUUAUGAUCCUAGAUACAAGUAUACAACUUAAUUUUUCUAUGUAAUUUUUGGGUUUUUUUUUUCUCAAGCACUUAAAAAUUCUACCUUUUUUUUUUUUUUUGAUCUGGGUCUUAAAAAAAUUCAAUCAGAUCCUUAAAAAAACAAGAUGAUGGCAAAGAAAAUGACAGAGGUUUUUGUGAUUUUUAGUUUGUUAAUGAUGAUGAUUAGCUUGUGUUUAGGAAGAUUUGUGGUGGAAAAAAACAGCUUGAAAGUGACUUCUCCAAGUUCAUUAAGAGGUGUUUAUGAAUGUGCAAUUGGGAAUUUUGGGGUUCCACAAUAUGGAGGUGCAAUGGGUGGAAUUGUGGCUUUUCCAAAAUCUAAUCAAAAGGGUUGUAAACCAUUUUCUGAUGAUGACAUUUCCUUUAAACCAAAGCCUGGAGGUUUGCCUGUUUUUCUCCUUGUUGAACGUGGAGAAUGUUUUUUCACCUUGAAGGCGUGGCAUGCACAGAAUGCUGGUGCUGCGGCUGUCCUUGUUGGAGAUGAUAGGAUGGAACCUUUAAUUACCAUGGACACCCCUGAAGAAGGUGGUGCCGAGGAUGAUUAUGUCCGGAAUAUCACUAUUCCAUCAGCACUUGUUAGCAAAUCUUUUGGAGAUAAGCUGAAGAAGUCUGUCUCAAAAGGUGAUGUUGUGAAGAUCUCCCUAGACUGGAGGGAAACAGUCCCACAUCCUGAUGAUCGAGUUGAAUAUGAGUAUUGGACUAAUAGCAAUGAUGAAUGUGGAGCAAAGUGUGAUGCUCAGAUUAAUUUUGUGAAGAAUUUCAAAGGAGCUGCUCAGAUACUUGAAAAAGCUGGUUAUACUCGAUUCACACCUCGCUAUAUUACGUGGUAUUGCCCUGAAGCUUUUAUCUUAAGCAGGCAGUGCCUGUCGCAGUGCAUCAACCAUGGGCGGUAUUGUGCUCCAGACCCUGAGCAAGAUUUCAGUGUAGGUUAUGAUGGUAAGGAUGUUGUGCUUCAGAACCUACGCCAAGCUUGCUUGUUUAAGGUGACUAAGGAAAAUGGAAAACCCUGGAUUUGGUGGGACUAUGUUUCUGAUUUUGCAAUCCGCUGCCCUAUGAAAGAGAAGAAGUACACAAAAGAGUGUGCAGAGCAAGUAAUCAAAUCUCUUGGUGUUGACGUCAAGAAAGUGAAUGAAUGUAUUGGAGACCCUGAGGCUGAUGUAGAAAAUUCUGUCCUUAAGGCAGAACAGGAGGCACAGAUUGGUCAUGGUGCUCGGGGAGAUGUGACUAUAUUGCCAACCCUUGUUGUAAACAACAGACAGUAUAGAGGUAGAUUGUCGAAGAACGCUGUUCUGAAGGCCAUCUGUGCUGGUUUUGAAGAGACCACUGAACCUUCACUUUGUCUAACCCCAGAUGUAGAAACCAAUGAAUGCCUAGAGAACAAUGGCGGGUGCUGGGAGGACAAGACUUCAAAUCUUACGGCAUGCAGGGAUACCUUUCGAGGCAGAGUCUGUGAAUGCCCUACGGUGCAAGGUGUCAAGUUUGUUGGUGAUGGCUAUACUCACUGUGAAGCAUCUGGUCUUUUGCAUUGUCAUGUUAACAAUGGAGGAUGUUGGAAGGAUACUCGUGGUGGCAGGACAUAUUCUGCCUGUGUGGACGAGCAGACACAUGGAUGUAAGUGCCCUCCUGGGUUCAAGGGUGAUGGAAUCCAUUGUGAAGAUAUCGAUGAGUGCAAAGAGAAAUUAGCCUGCCAAUGUCCAGAAUGCAGCUGUAAGAACACUUGGGGAAGCUAUGACUGUAGCUGUAGCAACGGUUUGUUGUACAUGCAAGAACAUGAUACAUGCAUAAGUAAUGGUGGUGGUGGGGUUGGCUGGGCCUCUGCUUUCAUGAUUAUUCUGGUUUUGGGAGCAGUUGGAACGGGUGGAUAUGCAUUUUACAAGUACAGGAUUCGAAGAUACAUGGAUUCAGAGAUACGUGCUAUCAUGGCUCAGUAUAUGCCCCUCGAUAAUCAAGUCGAGAUUACCACUCAUAUUCUUGGGGAAGAGAACUGAAUAUCAUGACUUAUGAGAGUAACAUAUUGAAGAUUUCGACCCAUAUGGCAAUAAGGUGGCCUAAACAAAAAGUUUGGUAACCUCACCCUCAGCACGUAAUUACUCAUCUCUUGAGUUGGGCAAAUAAGGGUUUUCACUAGACCUGUUUAUCUUGGUUUCUUUCAUACUAGGCUUGUUUAUCUGUCCAUAAAAGGCGACAAAUUUUUCGGCAUAUCAGUCUUUGAUCUGAGUUUGUAGAAUGUAGUUGACUGAUAAGUUCUUCAGUCACAAAUAAAAUCGCUUGUAUAUAUAGAAGCAUGAAUAACAGAAUAAGAGAUGGAGUUUUGCUUUCCAUCUAUUUAAGAUUCUGAUUACA